CAAAUGAUAAUCGCCGAGAGACGCUUCUUGUUCCGGGUCGUGUUGUUUUGUUAUGCUAAGUGAAAAACGGGUUUAAGAGCGUCGUGUUGUUUUUUUUAAAUACACUUGUAUUUUGAGGUUUGGGAAACAGAUCAGGACGCGAUGCAAAGACCACAGUUUCGCCAUCCCCGCCAGGGCUCUGGUCCGCGGGCCGCAGGCUUCCGCAGCCCGCCUCCAGCCUUCGACAGGACAGGGAGUAUGUUUCCAUCGCCUCCGUGGGCAUUUUCAACCCCACCGCCGCCGUUUGGACCUAGAUUUGGACAGUGUUCUCCCAAUACCCCACCGAGAGAGUUUGGUGGUAACAGAGGCGGCGGCGGCGGUGGUGGUGGGAAGUAUUUUAACGGUCAGUCUCCGGCUCAAACCCCGCGCAGAUCGAGCCCCAGUCCCCGCGGCGCACCGUUCAGACGCUCGCCGUAUGAGAGUCCCAGACGACACUCUGGAUAUCAGGGUUCACCACGGACAUCCACACCGUUUGGGUCAGCGCAUGGCAGGGAGAGAGGGACAAAUGAUAUGGAAAAAUAUUACAAACCAUCAAUGCUCCAAGAUCCCUGGGCUGACCUACAGCCCAUCUCAGUUACACAAACUCAGUCUAAAUGCAACUCCAAACAAACCAAUACAAGCAGACAAGGGAGGUACUACAAUUAAACCUUUAUCUAACUUCAGUGAGCGGGAAAAGUCACUGAACAGUCCUUUUUUAUUUAGUGCACCAGUAGUGCACUACAUUUUUAAAGUCAAACGGAGCCAGCCGAACACAUGGACCUGAGGCAGGAUUCACCAGCAAUAAUUAUUGAGAAACUGACUUCACAACAUUUUCUAAAAUCGUAUGUACUUGCUUGUUUAAAGAGACAUUCUCUUUUACUUUUAUAUCUGCACCUCAACGACAGCAUCAUAAAAAUGGGGUGCUAUUGUAACUGGCUGCCUAUUCCUAGUAGUUUGCCAUCUCUGGCCCACUCCCAUGGAGUUUGUAAAUCCUUCAUUGAAUUCAGAGGAAUAUGUCUUCAAGCUCAAAAUGCAGUCUAACAAAAGAUGUCUGAUCAACACGUCCAUCUACCUCUCAAUAUUGACUGUGUGCUGUUAACUAGAACAGGUCAGGUCAAGUAUUUGUAAGUUUGGCUCCUUUACUAAUUUUCUAUGGACUGUUUAUUUUGUUUUUGUACUUUUUAUUUUUGGUGACUUUUUUUGGUUUUAUCACAGUCUAUGAUCAUUUCAACAUAGACUGGCAACAGACAUUGUAAUCAUAAACAGCCCACAAAGAACUAUUGUUGAAUUAUAAGCCAAAUAUAAUUAAAAGUUGUAAUGCGAUACAGUCCUUGUCAAAAACAUUGGAAGUUGAAAUCUGUUACACUUUAUUUACUAAAACCAUGUUUAAUAUCUUCAAAAUUAAUCUUACCAUGGAUAAUGUAGAUAAAACACCGUAACAUUACUGCACAUCUCUGCAAGUUGUAAUUCAGUCUUUUCUGUAGGCAUUACAUUUUUGCUGUAUAAUAUACCAUAUGAAUCUCAUAUUGGAGGUCUACAAAAAUAAAUUUUAUUAAUGUAACAGAAACAUAACAUUUUACAUUUUAAGUUCAGUAUGCUUAAAUGUUUGCAUUUCAUUUUCAUUCAAUAUUCAUAUCACCAUAAUUACUGUUGUAAUACAUUACAUAAGUGCUGUCAGUUUUUUUUUUUUUUUUGUAUUGGUUGUCAGCUAGUUCUUUCGAUAAAGCUUAUAAUUUGCCCUUACCCUAUUUUGAAUUCAGAUUUCUGCAUGUUCAGCGUUUUGCCAAGAGACGCCCAAAAUAUAGAAUGAAAGUGUAAUCUAACUGUAGAAGAAAGACUCAUACAAUAGAGGCUUAUAUUAAAAUGUCUUGUAUUGUAAACUAUUUUUUUUGCGCUCAAAGACAGUCACUUUUUAAAGUAAUAAGGGGUCUCUUGAGGCGUCAGCUGUUGAUAUGUCAGCAUCAUUGCCACAUGGCAGGCUUACCGCACAAACAGACCAAUCAAGAGUUUGUUGAGGGAUAGUAACCCACUAUGACUGACUAAACAAAGGGAAAGAAAAACUUGCAUAUGCCAAAGUACACACAUAAAGAUUUGGGUAAAGACAGUCACAACUUAAAAGAAGAGUACAGACAGUUAACAUUUAAAAGAAACCGUAGUUUUAGCUGCAAAAGAAAAAAAAACGGUAAUGUGGAAAUAAACGGUCAACCUCAUAUUUAUUUACACAUGGAUGUGCUUAUUCAAAACCAUUCAUCAAAGGGUGACGAUUCUUGUUUACUCCAGAUCUGCAGGUGUCUGAAAAGCAGAUUGUGAUAUACUCUUCCCCUUAGAACUAAAAUUCAGAAAAUUUUAAUUUACAAUAGAAAAUAUAAUUACACCGGAUAAACGUAGCAAGAAAUAUUCAGUUGCAUAUAAGUUAUAAUAAACACAAUACACAAUUCAGUCUGUGUAAUAAAACGUUCCAACCUGUUUUCACAGUUAAGUCAACUCAAGCUAAAUGACGUUCUCGUUUCUAAAUUGCAAAAUCUGUGUGAUUUGGGAGCCCUAGAUAGCACAAAACAAACCUCUAAAUCUAGUGCCAUACACAGGGAUGAGUGAAUAAGCCCUUUUAACUACAAACAUUUUAUGUAUGUGUGUUUUAGGAGAGAUUGGGUUAUGUUAAAUCACAUAUGUAACCAUGGACCACAAAACCAAGUCAUAAGUGUCAAUUUUUCAAAAUUGAGAUUUGUACAUCUU